AUGAAUCUCAUGGGCUCAUCACGUAACACUAAAGUAUGGCAUAAUCAUGCCAUCAGUGGACAAGACAUAUUUCAGGUUGCAUCGAAAGCUUUUGGAUCGCCUUGGGUCGCCUUAGUAAUUGAUGCAUUUCUUAAAAGUGUUAGAGUUGAGGAAAUACCUUUUGGUCUGACCGAAGCAGACAGAAAUCAAGCAAAACCAAGAGAAACCAAUGCCAAAGAGGCACAAGGCAUUUUUGCGGUGUCAAGACUUGAGGAUCGACGCAAUUUCAUACAUAUAUUUCAUGUACCUUAUAUUGUCUGUUUUUUUGCUGCUAAAGGGAAAUGGCCUUUUAUACCGCCCUUAUUGCAGUUGCGCGUUGAUUCUCUUGCGAAAUCUAUCUUUAAUCAAACAGAUUCAUUCAUAAGGAAUUUUUGCAAGAAAUGGAUUCAAAUUAAGGAAUGCUUUCGUCCUAUAUUUGGUAGCAAUUCGACAAGUAAUGAUGUUGAAGCUUUUGCUCCAUUGCUUGCUACACCUUGUACUUGUGCCGAUCAAUCGAUUACUUAUUUCGACAAGAAGUAUAUAGGCAAAGUGAGCUCUCAAACAAUAUACAAUACUAUUGAGUUUCUGGAAAGCUUUUUGCCUUCACCAACAAAAAAGACAAAAAGAAAGAAUCGUGUGCGUGGACGUUUGGAUGAAAUUGAAAUAGAUUAA